AUGCCACUCUCUGUUUAUCUUGUUGUCUCUUCAUAUCUAUCUAUCUAUCUAUCUAUCUAUCUAUCUAUCUAUCUAUCUACCUCUUUCAGUCAGUUCAUGUAUCUAUCUAUCUAUCUAUCUCAGUCGGUUCAUGUCUCUUUCUAUCUCUUUCGGUCAGUUCAUGUCUAUCCCUUUCAGUCAGUGCAUAUAUCUAUCUAUCUAUCUAUCUAUCUAUCUAUCUAUCUAUCUAUCUAUCUCUUUCAGUCAUUUCAUGUCUCUAUCUAUCUCUUUCAGUUAUUUUAUAUUUCUAUCUCUCUCAGUCUCUUCAUAUCUAUCUAUUUCUUUCAUUUUUUUUUUCUUUCUUUUUUCAUAUCUUAUGUCACUUCUCAGGAGUUCAAGAAACACCAAUACAUAGGGUGUGGUGCAUGCAUGACCCCCCCCCCUCGCCCAAUAGACAGAUUCUUCGAAAUCGCUGCUCCUGCUGCUUUUUUUUGUACUACGUUCGCAUACUGCCAUUUUUUCUUUUAG